AUGAACCUCCUUCUCCUAGCCGGCUUGUUGCCCCUGGCGGCUUCCCAAUCUCUGUCGGAUCUCUACCUCGAGAACGCCCCGUCCUCACCUCGGCCAUAUAUCAUCCCUCAUUACGCCAACUCCCAUGCAGUCACGAUUGGCAGUCAACUCUACCGUUUCCCGGUCACCGGACCAUCCUCAGACUAUGCGUUUACACUGAUGAGCACCAAUGCCCCCUACAGCGGCAGUCUCGGUGUGCUCCCGCAUAUCCACCGCAAGCACUACGAGAACUUCUUCAACUUCAAGGGUCGCUUCCAGCUGUGGGCGCAGUAUGGUGAGGAGGAACAACAGGGACGCUUGUUGACACAGGGCGAUUAUGGAUCGGUGCCGAGGAAUACCACGCACACCUUCCAGAUCUUAGACCCGGACACCGAAAUGGUCGGAGUGAUCUCUCCGGGCGGGUUUGAGGACCUCUUCUACAACCUCGGCACAAACUAUACCUCCGCCACCAACACACCGUAUGUACCACAGGCGACCAAUGAUUCUUCGGCUGCCGGACCGGAUGCUGGCGGGAUUUCCGGUCUCGAAUCAUUCGACGUCUAUGCUCAGCUGUCUUUCGAGCCGCGUCGAGAUUUCGCCAACGGCUCUGCGCCAUCGGAUGAGGGCUGGCACACAGAGGACGCAGCCCUCGGCGAGCCGGGCAAGCCCUACUUCAUCGCCAACAACUAUGGCCCGAAGUACCUCAACUCCAAGCACGGAGCGUACCAGAUUAUCCAGCCGCUGGUUACCAAUAGCCAGGCGCAGGAUACGAACUUCACCAUGUCGACCAUUAUUCUGAGCCGGCAGCGGGCGUCGGGUUCGGCACCGACGUGGUCCACAACCGGCGCCACAGCGUUCGAGGUCCUGGAAGGAUCCGUUCAAAUUCAGAUCGGCGACUACCCUGUUGCUCAGCUAGAGAUGGGUGAUGUGGCCUUCGUGCCUGCGACGGUGUCGUAUAGCUAUUGGACGCAAGGAUCAUAUGCGAAGGUGUUGUCCGUCAAUGCUGGUCAGGAUGGACUUAACCAGCAAUUGAUUGGCGAGGGGAAGGAUUGGGGAUAUCCGACUUUUCCACGUUAUUGA